UUUUAUAACAUUUAGUAUUAGAAGUAAACAUAUCCAUUAAAAAUUCAAAAGAUUCAAACCAUGAUGAGAAUAUCCGUUAGUUUCCUAAUGAAUCCUUCUACUUUUGUAAAUGUACGGCACUACACACAUGACAUACCACUAAUUUAUUGAAAUGCCUUUACCAUCAAAAGUUAUUUUGGUUUAGAAUUAUAUACUCAGUAACUCUACAAUAAAGACUGUAAUGGUUGGUCCGAUAUUAUCUUGUCAACAUGUCUCCUCUUGUUUUUUUUCUCUUCUCGAAAGUGAUUUUAUCGCUUUAUAACUAAAUAGAAAUAAAUAAAGAGAAAACAUUUUUGUUCCAGUAAGCAUUUUAUUAGGGAUAUUAUAUCCACUAAUCACUGGUUGGUUUUAAAUUGGAAACCCAUAAUAAACCCGAAUCUAACAUGGUAUCAGAGCCAAAUUCUAAAUACUCUAAACCCCUAAUUAAUAUAAUCCUAUCUGAUCGGGUAUAAAAAGUCGUAAUUGACUCAUUCGACCGAGUAUAACUGUUUUAAAGUUCUGAAAUUUCUGGCGGAUAAGAGACAUCAUCUCGAAUAGGGGUAUUAGUGAUAUUAUAUCCCACGUCGAGAAUACUAAGGGACAUUAAAUAAUAUAUAAAUGUUUAGGGUCAAUCCACUAAUCACCAAUUGGUUUUAAGUUGAAAGCCCAUAAUAAAUUUGAAUCUAACAUUUGUUCCCCAGUAAGCGUUUCAAAAAAAUUAUCCAAGUUGUUUGAGAUCCUUUUAACAUUUACCCCAAAAAAAAAUAAAAAAAAAUAAAGAGCAAUCCAGGAAGAAAGGAGAGAACUAAAAACAGCCACCAAGUCCCUCAAACGUGCUACGGAGAUGGGUGACUUCAUCUCCCCUCAUCUACGUGACGUCAGCAGAGCUCUGGUAAACCAAUGGAAGGAAAUACAAGCUAUCACUUUCCCAUUAUACCCUCGAAUCCACUAUACUAUUGAUAAUCCAGUUCAGAAACAUUCCUGUUAUACCCUCCACGCAAUUAUAACUCAAACCUAAUCACUCUCUCUCUCUCUCUGAAGCAUCUUCCUCUGAUUAUUUUCUCUGUCUUGAUUAGAGAUAAAACAAAAAAAAAAACCCCAGAAAAAUCUUUCUUCUGUCCAUUAUAUUACACCAUUGUCUCAUCUUCAGAUCAUCAUAUCUAAAAACUUAAAAAGAAAAAAAAGCUCACACCUAUUGUAACAAAAAAUGGAUCCAAAUAGUAACAACACCAAAUCCAUAAAGAGAAAAGUUGUCGACCAACUCGUCCAAGGCUACGAGUUCGCUACUCAGCUUCAGCUUCUCCUCUCUCAUCAACAUUCAAGUCAGUACAUCAGUCAGACCCGUAUUGUUUCUGGCGAUCUGGAUCCAGUUGAUGAGCUCAUCGCUAAGAUCUUGAGUUCUUUCCACAAAACCAUAUCGGUUCUUGAUUCUUGUGACUCCGUCCCUAUGGCCGUUGAGGGUUCACCGAAUGCUUCACGUGGUGAUGAUUUGGCGGCUCCUGUGAGUUGCAACGGUGGAGAUUCCGGGGAUAGUAGGAAGAGACUUGGGGUUGGUAAGGGCAAAAGAGGAUGCUACACUAGAAAAAAGAGAUGGCAUACUUGGACUGUGGAAGCUAGUAGAAUCGAUGAAGACAAAUAUGCUUGGAGGAAAUAUGGACAAAAAGAGAUUCUUAAUUCCAAAUUCCCAAGAAGUUACUUUAGAUGCACACACAAGCAAACACGAGGAUGCAAAGCAACGAAGCUAGUUCAAAAACAAGAGCAAGACCCUAGUUUAUUUCAAAUCACAUACAUUGGCCACCACACAUGUAAUGUUAGUGACCAAACACACACAAAUACCGAGCCUAAUGAUCACGGAGUAGUCAUGGAUUCGGACAACGCAUUGGCUGCAACCAUUGCUCAAGACCAUGUUAAUGCAAAUAUACAAGAGCAAGAGCAAGAGAACGACAUCAGUAGUCUGAUUGUAGUAGGUGCAGGCAUGGUGAAGGAGGAGGGCAAUAACAAUGGUGAUCAGAAUAAAAACUAUUGUGAGGGUUCUUCCGUAGAUGGUGAUUUGUCAUUGGUUUGGCAAGACGUGAUGAUGAUGUUUGAUGAUCAUCAACAUCAUCAGAAUCACUACUAUCAAGGUGAAACUAGUACUGCUUCUCAUCAGUUCUCUUUCAUUGACAACGAUCAACUCUUCUCCUUAUUCGAUCCAUACUGCCCUUACGAAGGAACAAAUGCCAUAUGAACAUUCAAAUCCGAAUUGAUAUAUCGUAAUUAGGCUAAUAAUCUUUUCUCAUCCUCUCUCUUUGAGUAUGUUUAGUGAAAUGUAAUAUUUUUUUUGUAUUUUUGAUAAAGUACCAUAUGGCAUAUAUAAUUAUGUUUCUACAUUUCUCAUGUUUCAUUUUUUUUUAAAUGGGCACUAGAUGUUUUGUA